AUGAAGGAGGGCUUCCAGGAGGAGUCAGAUUCCCAGGUAGGCUUUGAAGGCUACUGCAUGAACCAUUGGCAAAUCUCAGGCUUAGACAGGAGAGAAGGGUACAGCACAUGGGAGCCCGAGGAGCACAUCUUGGAUCCCCGCCUUGUCUUGGCUUAUGAGGAGAAUGGUCCAACGAAGCUCUCCCCCUGUCUCUGUCUCUCCUCCGUGGCUGUGGUAGGUGGUGACCCGACGGAAGGGGGCCCCCCCUGGAUCCCCACGCACCCCCCUUCCGAAGUGACGGUGACCGAUAUCACAGCCAACUCCAUCACCGUCACCUUUCGGGAAGCGCAGGCCGCCGAAGGCUUCUUCCGGGACCGGAGCGGGCACUUCUGA